CUCUCUGGCGCCGCUGCCCACCUACUCCAGUCUGUUUUCACUGAGAGUGAAAGGAGUGGUUGGAUGUAUAAAAACAAAAAAAGAAGAGAUUUGGUGUUUGAAUAACUCCUUUUGGGUGCUUUUACGGCAAGACAUUUCAAGACUAAUACAGCGAUGGCAGAGGCCCACCAGGCAGUGGCGUUCCAGUUCACCAUCACCCCCGAGGGGAUCGACCUGCGCCUUUCCUACCAGGCCCUGUCCCAGAUCUACCUCUCUGGCCUGCGCUCCUGGAAGAAGAGGAUCAGCCGCAUGAGGAACAGGGUGAUCAAAGGGGUGUACCCUGCCAGCCCUUCCUCCUGGCUGUUUGUUGUCAUAGCCAUCCUGGCCACCAUGUACAUGCGCUCUGACCCCUCCAUGGGCCUCAUUGCCAAAAUCCAGGAGCACCUGCCCGUCAGUAGUCUUUCUCUGAGUGUGCAGGGCCAGACCAUGCUGUCAGUGCUGGUGUUCAGUACCCUGCUGUGGCUGUCGCUCAUCCUGACCCUGAGGUUCUGUCUCAAGCUGCUGCUCUCCUACCACCGCUGGAUGUUCGAGCAGCACGGACACAUCUCCACCACCACCAAAGUCUGGGUGACCCUGGUGCGUCUGCUGUCUGGCAGGAAGCCUCUCCUGUACAGCUAUCAGACCUCUCUUCCUUGCCUGCCCGUCCCGCCCAUAAAAGACACACUGGAGAGGUACCUGGAGUCAGUGCGUCCGUUGCUGAGUGACCCGGGGUUCCAGCGGAUGACUGUGUUGGCGGCUCAGUUUGAGAACAGUCUGGGGAACAGGUUGCAGCGCUAUCUCAAGCUCAAAGCUCUGUGGGCUACCAACUAUGUGAGUGACUGGUGGGAGGAGUACAUCUACCUAAGAGGACGAGGUCCCAUCAUGGUCAACAGCAACUACUAUGGCAUGGACUUUCUGUAUGUGACUCCCACUCCAAUCCAGGCAGCGAGGGCCGGCAACACCAUCACCGCUCUGCUGCUCUACCGACGCAAGGUCAACAGUGAGCAGCUAACGCCUAGUCGUGUUCCAGGUACAGUCAUCCCUCUCUGUGCAGCUCAGUGUGAGAGGAUGUUCAACACUACUCGCACUCCAGGAGAGGAGACUGAUGUGCUGCAGCACUGGCAGGACAGUGAAUUUGUGACUGUCUACCACCGGGGGCGCUACUUCAGGCUGUGGGUCUACAAGGCGGGGCGUCUCCUCUCCCCUAGAGAGAUAGAGUACCAGAUCCAGAGGAUCCUAGAUGACCCUUCACCCCCCGGACCUGGAGAGGACAGGCUGGGAGCACUGACUGCUGGAGACAGGGUGCCGUGGUGUGCCGUAAGAAAGCAGUACUUCAGCUCAGGGGUGAACAAGCGCUCGCUGGACUGCAUCGAGCGGGCUGCCUUCUUUGUCACCCUGGACGAUGAGGAGCAAGGAAUGAUGGGAGAAGACCCCGUGGGAAACCUGGACCGCUACGCCAAGUCCCUCCUCCACGGGAAAUGUUAUGACAGGUGGUUUGAUAAGUCAUUCUCUGUGGUGGUGUACAAGAAUGGGAAGAAUGGGCUGAAUGCAGAGCACUCUUGGGCCGACGCCCCGACAGUGGCUCACCUGUGGGAGUUCACCCUGGCCACAGAUGCCUUCCAACUGGGUUAUACAGAGGAUGGUCACUGUAAGGGAGAGGUGGAGCGCUCCUUACCGCCCCCUCAGAGACUCACCUGGGACAUCCCUGUGGAGGUUCAGGAGCAGGUGUCCAUCUCUCUGUCUGUGGCACAGGCCCUAGCUGACGAUGUGGACUGUCAUGUCUUCCCCUUCAGGGACUUUGGGAAGGGACGCAUCAAAAAGCUGAAGAUCAGCCCAGACGCCUUCAUUCAAUUGGCUCUACAGCUAGCUUACUACAGGGAUCGUAAGACGUUUUGCCUCACCUACGAGGCCUCCAUGACACGGCUGUUCCGAGAGGGGAGGACUGAGACUGUACGAUCCUGCUCCAAUGAGGGCUGUGCCUUUGUCAAAGCUGUGGAGAGCGGAGAAGGGCCGGAGCACUGCAGGCGGCUUUUCCGAUUGGCUGCUGAGAAGCACCAGAACCUCUACCGAUUGGCCAUGACAGGGUCCGGCAUUGACAGGCACCUCUUCUGCCUGUACGUGGUGUCUAAAUACCUGGGGGUGGAGUCACCGUUCCUAACAGAGGUGCUGUCAGAGCCCUGGCGCCUCUCCACCAGUCAGACUCCGGUUCAGCAGUUGGAGCUGUUUGACAUGAAGAACCACCCAGACUUUAUAUCUCUGGGGGGAGGCUUUGGCCCUGUGGCAGACGAUGGCUACGGAGUGUCGUACAUUAUCGUAGGAGAGGACAUGAUCAACUACCAUGUAUCCUGCAAGCACUCCUUCUCUGAGACGGACUCACACCGGUUUGGGGCCCAGAUCAGUCGGGCUCUAUUGGACCUCCUCUCUGUGCUUACCCCAGCUAAGACGGAGAACUCACAGGCUCAGGAUAAGAAACAGCAGUGAACACUUACAGGGAAAGAAGGGACUAUGGGGUGGGAUGGGGGUAGGGGUUUGCUUUGUUUUUUGAUAGUGGGAUAAUAUUAUAUUGAGCGUGGUUGUGUAUAAAGAAAGCCCUAAGAUUCGGUGUGAUGGAGGGGUGGAUGGAGGGAGAGAGAGUUGAAGAGAUGGAGAAGUGCAAUAGGAAGCAAGGGAACUAACAAGGAUGAGGCAGAGAGCUUGGGAAGAAGGGAUGGGGAAGUGAGAGAAAAAUCUCCACAAAAAGAGAAGGGAAUUAGUGGAGGUUAUCCCCACAUAGGUCAGAGGUAGGCAAUAACUUUUUUUUCUUGUUUUUCUUUCUUUGUGAACCCACCAUUAUGGCUUUCUUUUCUAUUUUAUCAUCUUGGUUGUGAACUACUGUUGGAAAGAGUUGUAAUGUUUGAUUGAAAAGUCCUUUUAAGUUGGCCUCAAAAAGACUUCCCUAGUUAAAAAUGCAUCUAUAGGAGAAGCAGUGGAAGUUUAAAGAAGCGGGACUGACUUGUAAUUUUGGUUUAACUCUGUUCUCACGUGAAUGUAGAUCACUAACGGAAUGGGUCGGCUGCAGUGAACAUCAAUCAUUAGGAUAAGAUAUCAGGGGCAGGGUUGGGGUCUAUUCCAUUUCAAUCGAUUCAGGAAGUAAUUUCAAAUUCAGUGAUUUAAAAACAAUUCAAUUAGUUUUUUCAAUGAUUUCUCAAUACAUAAGAGAAGGAGAAACAGUUAAUAUUCUGUUUUUCUAUUUUAAUAAAAAUCACUUUUGAAUUUACUUUAUUAAAAUGUAAUUGAUCCAAACCCUGUCAAGAAUAUCUUCUUAAUUUUUUGUCUAGGGAUCAUCUCCAGGGCUCGUAUUCAUAAGAGUGUUGAUGUCGGGACAGUUUUGCCUUUUUAGAUCCUAAUUAAUAAGAGUAUAUGAACAGGGAUGGAUCCUAGAUCAGCACAGCUACUCUGAGAUGCUUUUUGAUUACGGGCGAGAUUCAUUUUUGUUUUUAAACACCCUCACCAGUAGAAAUCCAUUUUUUUUUUUAGUUGAAAGACAAUGGCCAGAGCCUACCUUUUGUUUCAGGGCUGGGUUUUAUGUCAAUGUUACCAGCAUGGCAUUGUUAAUUCAUCAGAAACCACUGCAAAGUUAUUCUUCUUCGCGAUUGGAUCAUUUGUAAACGUUUACUUAUUUUUUUGAUAGUCUGUAUUAAAAGUAUAAAUAUAAAAUGGUCAUAUAUAUAUUUUGUAAAUGGUAUAAAUGCGUGAUAUGAUGGUGUUUUGCAAACCCGCUUCCCCCCGUUUCUGAAUGGUUUUGACAACUAAAGUUUUUGCUUCA